AUGAUUUUUCGUCUCUCUUCAGGUGUCGUUUUUGAUCAGAACACGGAGGAGAUUCAAAACGCUUUCAAAUUCGCCAUGAUGCAACACGCGAGCACAAACCGUUCCCGCCUGGAUUUCCAGCUGUAUGUGGACAUCAUCAAUACAGCUGACGCCUUCAAGCUGUCCAGACUAAUUUGCGACCAGUUCGCGCGAGGCGUGAUUGCCAUGCUCGGCGCCGUCACGCCGGAUUCGUUCGACACUCUCCACUCUUACACCAACACAUUUCAGAUGCCCUUCGUCACGCCCUGGUUCCCGGAGAAGGUGAUCCCGCCCUCAUCAGGACUCAUCGACUACGCAGUGAGCAUGCGGCCUGACUAUCACCGUGCGGUAAUUGAUACCAUCACAUACUAUGGAUGGAAAAACGUUAUUUACAUCUACGAUUCUCAUGAUGGUCUUCUCCGAUUGCAACAGUUGUACCAAAGUCUGGAGCCAGGGAAUGCUACAUUUCGAAUUUCGAACGUGAAAAGAGUAGGAAAUGCGACCGACGUGGUGGAAUACCUCUGUGCGAUUGAGAAACUGGACCGCUGGAGUAACAAAUACGUGGUUCUUGACUCGACCACGGUGCUGGCAAAGGAAGCUCUUAUACUGCACGUUCGAGACGUGCACCUAGGCAGACGCAAUUAUCAUUACUUCUUGAGUGGUUUGGUGAUGGACGAUCGAUGGGAGAAAGAGGUCACCGAAUUUGGCGCAAUUAACAUAACUGGAUUCAGGGUCUUGGACUUUUCGCGAAAAGUAGUAAGGGAUUUUGUGGACGUCUGGAAGAAGGAAUCUAUUUCGGCGCAAGCUGCCCUUAUGUAUGACGCAGUCCAAGUUCUGGUUGAUGCAAUCUUUCGUCUCCUGCGCAAGAAGCCGGACAUCUUACGCAGCACCAUGAGACGAAAUGCUAAUCUGAACACGAGUAGAGCGAUCGAUUGUAACCCUAAAGGAAAAAUCACCCCAUACGAGCACGGAGACAAAAUUUCAAGGAUGAUCAAAAAGACGGAGAUAGAAGGAUUGACUGGCACCAUCAGGUUCAACGAGGAGGGACACAGGAAGAACUUCUCUCUUCAAGUCAUGGAAUUGACCGUCGAUGGGGACAUGGUGAAGGUAGCAACAUGGCACGACCACAAGCGGCUAGUGCCUCUAGUUUCCAAGUUUUCACAGUUGAAAACGGCAGAUAUAUACAAUAGAAACAAGACGUACAUUGUUUCCACGAUCGAGGAGCCCCCGUACGUAAUGAGGCACAAUCCCGAGGCCGGGACUAACGACCCGUACACAGGAUUCUGUGUGGACCUCACCGAGAUGCUCGCGGAAAAGUUGGAAAUCAAAUAUGAACUUCGAAUCGUCAAAGACGGUAAAUAUGGAAAUGAAAACCCUAAGAUCACGGGUGGAUGGGACGGAAUGAUCGGUGAACUAUUGAAAAAGGAAGCUGAUAUCGUGGUAGCUCCAUUGACGAUAACUUUAGAACGAGAAACGGUGGUGGAUUUCAGCAAACCAUUUCUGUCAUUUGAUGUGAAGCCUGUUGCGGGAAGUCACAAGCAGGACACGUCAAUUUUCAGCUUCAUGUUGCCUCUUUCUAAGGAAAUAUGGCUUGGCAUUCUAUUAAGUAUCGUCGCAGUAAGCGUCGUUUUAUUCAUUGUAUCCCGAUUUUCACCGUAUGAAUGGAGAAUGAUUUCUUACACGGAUACCCAGUCUUCUUCGGAUCACUCUGAAGUCGCCACAACCAAGACGACUGUAGUUAACGAAUUCAGCUUCUGGAAUUCUCUCUGGUUCUCUGUGGGGUCAUUCAUGCAGCAAGGAAGUGAAAUUGCACCAAGGUCUACAUCAGGACGAAUAGUGGGCUCAGUAUGGUGGUUCUUCACUUUUAUUGUGAUAUCUUCGUACACUGCAAAUUUAGCUUCCUACCUCACACUCGCCCGGAUCGCGGAGCCCACUCAAUCAUACGAGAAAAUCGCUACAUGCCCUGAGGACACUGCUGAAGUUCAAAAAGGCGUUGCUAUCCAACAAGAGAACGCAGUUGAUGAGCACGGAUGGUUGGCAUACCUGAUGGAUAAGUCCACCAGCACGAUCGCCGGAACUAAUUCCCACGGUGGAAAUGACUUCGGCUCACCUUGCGAGAUGCUGGUCUCUAUGACGAGUACAGGAGUCAAGGAUUUUGCUAUCGCAUUGCCUAAGGGAUCUAAAUUGCGGGACGGAGUAAAUAUUGCUUUACAGUCCAUGAAAAAUAAUGGAGAUUUGCAAAAGCUGAUACGGAAAUGGUUCACAAAAGCCGAAUGUAACGUCAAUGAUCCGGUAUUACACGGUACAGAAUUGACCUUGAAUCAGGUAGCAGGUCUAUUCUACAUGCUGCUAGGAGGUCUUGUCUUAGCUUUGGCAGUGGCUAUGCUCGAGUUCUGCCAACAUGGCAGAGCUGAGGCGGCCAGGGCCAAUGUUCCUCUAAGAACGGCCUUGAAGGCGAAGGCCAGGCAGGCGUCUCGAGCUGAUCGGAAGAAUGCACCGCAACGUACACCACAACGCGAGCAAGACCGACUUGGAUGGAACGGCGGCGCUUUUGGGCAAUACUACACCCCGGCCAACCAAAUCGGCCAAGAAGAGACGGCGUUACAUGCCAGUUUCACACAAGUCUGA